ACAAUUGACAACCCUUUCAGCUUCAGCGGUCAGCGGUUUCGCGUUUCGUUUUGUGAUUGACAUUUGUUGUGUAAAAUAAAUGUGAAUUGGAAAAUUGAAAAUGUCGCUCCGAAAAGUACUUUUCCUAACAAAAGCAGUAUGCUGUAAUACAGUGAAGUUGCAAAAGUCUAGUUUCCCUCGACAUAAAAUGUGUUUCCUCAGCGCCAACUCCCUCAGAUUCUACGGCACCGAAAAUAUAGGUGACAAAAAUAAAGCAGGAACACCUGAGAAGGUGGACAUUCUUGGAAGGUUCUUUCCCCAGAAUCCAGUGGCGGAUGAGGCACAGAAAAUAAAAAGUGAACAAGAAAACUUUGAAAAAGAAAAUAAAGAAAAAACUGAAGAAAAUGAGAAGAGCUGGCGCAGGAUGAAAAUUGGCUUUGCAGUAUUCGGUGGUGCUCUAACCGUGAUGGGUGGCUGCAUGGUUGUGGAGAUGGGAGCUCCCAGGCGGGCUGACGACGGCACCCUGCUGGAGGACGAGUUCUCGCAUUUACCUGUUCCGCUGCAGUACUUGAAGAGGACCUGGAAGGAACUUACUUUCUAUGAAAAGAUGAUCAAAGAGCCUUCCCGAGAGAAACUCCUGCCUGAUCCAUUGCCACCGCAGUACCAGCCCACCUACACACUUGUGCUAGAGUUUACAGAUGUACUGGUUCAUCCUGAUUGGUCCUAUCAAACUGGCUGGAGAUUUAAAAAGCGUCCGGGCGUCGACCAGUUCCUUCAAACUGUAGCGUCAUCUGACUUCGAAGUGAUUAUUUUUACAUCUGAGAACGCCUUCAUGAUCUGGCCGGUUAUCGACAAACUAGACCCGGAGAACAAGAUGAUCGCAUAUAGGCUGUUUAGGGAUUCCACGCACUUCAUAGAUGGAGUUCACGUUAAAAACUUGGAGGGACUUAAUCGGGAUUUAUCAAAGGUGAUUGUGGUAGACUGGAACAAACAAGCAACCAAGUUCCACCCGGAGAACGCACUAAUCUUGCAAAAGUGGAAAGGCGCAGACGACGACACUGCCUUACUCGACCUAGCCAACUUUCUACAAACCAUCGCGAUGUCCUCAAUAUCCGAUGUGCGAGACGUGCUGCGCUACUACAGCCAGUUCGAUGACCCCAUCGCCGCCUUCCGCGACAACCAGCGCAAACUCAUGGAGCAGAUGGAGGAACGAGACAAACAACCACAAGAGCCUACGCUUACUAAAAACUGGCUGAGGUCGUUCACGCGUCGCUAAUGUAAGAUCCCUUAUCCUUGACAGUGUUUAAUUCUUUCAUUGCGAUGACAGUAUAGGACGGCGCAAUAUAAUAGUUACACAUAGCCACUUCGAUGACCCUAUGGCUGCUUUUCGUGACAACCAGCGCAAGCUCAUGGAUCAGAUGGAACGAGACAAACAGCCACAAGAACCCACGCUUACUAAAAUCUGGCUGAGAUCGUUCACGCGUCGCUAAUGUAAGGGUUUUUAACUUUUUAGUUCGUCGACAGUGUUUAAUUCUCCCCUCGCGAUGUCAGUUUAGGACGGCGCGACCUAGCCAGUUCGCUGAACCUAUGGCUUUUAUUCCAACGAAAUACGGUCGACCAUUGGCUUAAUGAGAUACACUAGUGUAAGCAAGUGGAAAGGUGGCUCUUGUUAGAAAAAUAAUAAAGACUCAUGUAUUGUAUUCGAUUAAACACAUUCUUUAGAAACAAAUUGUCGCGAUAAGUAUGUCGCAAGUUCAUGAGUUGGGAAAACUAAAAUAUGAAACAGAGUUGAUUGUUAAAUCUUGUUGAUCGUGACAUUAGUCCACAUAAAUCGAACGCGCAAAACGUCAAAAUGACUCGUGCACGCACGUUUCCCUUGCCCAAGCCAAUUUGCUCGGCAAGAUGGCGGCCCUAGACAACUAUUCAAAAUAGUUCUACACAUGAAAUCAGUUUGUUAACAAACUUAAUUAUUGCAUAUGGCAUUUAUAAUUCGCAUUUUAAAAUUUUCUCAAAGCUUACCUAAAUCUGAUGUAUUUACUUGUAUUUGUAUAAUUAAAAAUGUAUUUUCUUGAUAUAAGUUACACAAGGUGGUGACUGAAACCAAGUGACCUACUAUAUUUCUUUAUGUGUUCACUAUGUUAUUUUUCCUUCUAUUUAACCCUUCAUGUAUUGCAACGUAACAAUAAUUUUACGACGUAUCAAAAUCAAAAAAAUAAAUAACUAUAUCUUCUUUUACAACAGUGAAACCUUUAUAAAAAUGAUGAAAUUGAUGAAUUAAUGUUAAAAAUUGUCCCUGAUGCAAAAAAACGAUUAAUUGUUGCUGCCCUUUAGCAACAAUUAAUCGUUUUUUUGCAUAUUAUAUAUUUGCAGUAACUGUUAGGCAUUGUCGACUUGAAUAUAAAUUAUACAGAGUGGCCCAAAAGGCUUCACAAGUUUCACAACACCCUUAGAAUUACUAGUUAUAAAAAAUUAAAUUGUAAUAUCAGAGAAACUUAAUCAUGUAUUAUCUUUUGGACCAUUCUGUAUAAUUACCCAAAUUUAUUUUAAGUUUGCCCGGCGCCAUUCUAAACUUUACUUUUUUAACCACAAAUUAAACUUAACUACUAUUACUACUAACCCGAAGUAAAGUUUAGCAUGGCAUCAUAGGAGCACUUGUUAUGUUAAUUGUUAUUUGUAUGUAUGAGCAUUGUAAUGGAUGAGCAGAGUGUAUGUAAUACAAGUCAUUUAUUUAGAUAGGAAAUAUAGAUGUUUAUUAAUAAA